AUGAAGGCAUACUGGUUUGACAACCUCCCUGGCGACCAACGCCAACCCCAUGACUCCGGCCGCUCAGUCGACCCAGACUACCUAGAAAAGCUCGGUGUCAUCUACCACAGCGUACCAGAAGUCUCGGGCGUGGAGCCCAUUGCUACAUCGCGCAACUACAAGAACCGGGAUGAGAUCAUCGUUAGCCCAGAAAAGAUGGGCGACAUCUACGAAGAAAAAGUCAAGUCAUUCUUCUCCGAACACCUACACGAAGAUGAGGAGAUCCGGUACAUCCUCGACGGUGCGGGCUACUUUGAUGUGAGGAGCGAGGGCGAUGACUGGGUGCGGAUUUGGCUUGAGAAGGGUGAUCUGAUCAUUCUGCCGCCGGGGAUCUACCAUCGUUUCACUACUGAUGAGCAGAACGUGAGUGAAUUAGAAAAUUGGAAAAACAUGGGAGUCGAGAGUGCUAACAUGUCUUGCCAGUACAUCAAGGCUAUGCGGCUGUUCAAGGAGGACCCGAAGUGGACGCCGCUAAACAGGGGAAAGGAGACGGACGAGAACCAGUACCGGAAGCAGUACUUGACAGAGUACUUGAAAGCUAAGCAGGGAGUUGCAGCUUAG